AUGAGUCCCUUCAAGAGUAUGGCUAACGGAGGCUUCCUUCCCACAGUCAAUAAAAACAGAAAGCCAAAGUUUGAGCUACACCUCAAGAUAUAUGACCUAAAUAACGUCCCACUGGUGUCCGGAACAUCAAUCGUGAAAUGGCACCUAUCUCAUUCCAUCAUCGCGGACCACAGGGGUCGCACUCCAAAAUGUCCUAUCUCCAAUCACAAGGUUGAAUACAACUACUCCAAGAUUGUCAGCCACAUUAGGAUCGGAAUUGACCGAAACAACAACCUGACUGAGUGCCCCAUUGAGUUUGAAGUCCUGCAGGAGUUUUCUGGUGGCGGUCAUGAUGAAAAGAUCUCGCUUGGCAAAGUCCAGAUCAAUCUCAGCGAGUAUGUCGAAGAGAGUGAGGGCCUUGCCCGUAUGAGCAGCAGCUUCGAUCGCGGCCACUCACGUAAACGUAGCAGCGGUACGGGUAGUACGAGUCCCAAAUCGACUUUUGCUCCGACGUUAGGCGAGCUAGAUGUUGAGGAUGGCAUCGUGAGGCGCUACCUCAUGCAAGAGAGCAAGAUCAACAGCACGCUGAAAAUCGGAAUCCUUAUGGUCCAGCUUGAUGGAGACAAGGGCUACUCAGCACCACCGCUCAGGACAGCGCCCGUUUUCGGCGGUAUCGCUGGCAUUAUGGCGGGCGAGCAAGUCGAACAAGAUGAUGCGGGGCAACUUCCUACCAUGGCCAAAUCCCGUGACGCCUCUGAGAUUCAAGAUAUGUACCGUCGUGCCCUUGCAGCUUCCUGGUCCUGCCAACCUGGUGAGCUCCCCGCGGAUGAAUGCAUUGAAGACAUCUUCUCCGGCGGCGACGGCUGGCGUACUGGAAGGGUCGGACGCACUGGCAAGACGGCCACUUUUGACCUCGAUAAUGGUGGUUCUCUGAGUUCUGACGAAGGCGGUAUGGGCGGCACCCUUCGCCCUUCGGACGUCCGCAAGAUGCUGCAGAAACAAGAACGACAACAGCAGCAGCAACAGCAGCAGCAACAACAACAGAAACAAGCGCAUCACCACCAUCUCAACCUUCACUUGCACCAGAACGGCGGCAGCAGCCACCGCAACCAUUCGCGCAGUAAUAGCGGCUCCAGCGACAGGAGCUUCACUACUGUCCUCACAGCCCGCGCCAAUGAUACUGCCAGCAGCACAACCGCAGGUACAAGCCACACUGGGCGACGCGGGUCGCACAGCAGACAAGGACGCAGGAACCACUCUCGUGAUGAUGACAGACGCAGUGGAAGGAACAACUACGGGCGCUCGCAGAGCCCAAGCGGGAGCAUGGCGAGCUUGGCGCCGACGAUGGGUAGCAGUGACCGUGGGCGCGAGGGGAUGAGGAGGAACCGGGAACUCGAAGAGUUUGACGUUCGGGACGAUCUUGUUGCGUGGAGGUUGCCUGGUGCAGUAUCGUGA